AGCCGCGGGCACAGCGCCCUCGCGGGGGGCACCGCCGCGGCCAUGGAGCGCCGCUGAUCGCCGCCGCCGCCGGGAGACAAUGGCCCUGCACAAACUCUGCUCGGUGCUGGAAGUGUUGCUUGUAACAAUCCUGGUAGUGGAAGGCAUUGCUGUUGCACAGAAGACACAAGGUGGGCAAAACAUUGGAGUGAAUCGCAUUCCUCCCACCCAGUGUGACAACUGGGUCCGGACCAGUAAUGGAGGACAUUUUGCUUCACCAAACUACCCAAACAUGUACCCACCCAAUCAAGAGUGCAUCUAUAUCUUAGAAGCUGCUCCACGACAAAGAAUUGAGUUGACCUUUGAUGAACCUUAUUACAUAGAACCCUCAUUUGAAUGUCGGUUUGAUCACCUGGAGGUUCGAGAUGGACCUUUUGGGUUCUCCCCUCUCAUUAAUCGUUACUGUGGUCUGAAAAGUCCUGCACUAAUUAGAUCAACAGGGAGAUUUAUGUGGAUCAAGUUUAUUUCUGAUGAGGAGCUGGAAGGAAAGGGAUUUCAAGCAAAGUACUCAUUUAUACCAGAUCCUGACUUCACUUACCUAGGAGGUAUUUUAAAUCCCAUCCCAGACUGCCAGUUUGAGCUCUCAGGAGCUGAUGGAAUAGUACGUUCCAGUCAAGUAGAACAAGAAGGAAAAACAAAACCAGGACAAGCAGUUGACUGUAUCUGGACAAUUAAAGCCACUCCAAAUGCUAAGAUCUACAUGCGAUUUCUGGACUAUCAAAUGGAGCAUUCCAAUGAAUGCAAAAGGAACUUUGUUGCUGUGUAUGAUGGGAGCAGUUCCAUUGAGAACCUGAAGGCCAAGUUCUGCAGCACAGUGGCCAACGAUGUGACGCUGCAGACAGGGACAGGCGUGGUGCGCAUGUGGGCCGAUGAAGGCAGCAGACUGAGCCGCUUCAGAAUGCUCUUCACCUCCUUUGUGGAUCCUCCCUGCUCAGGCAACACUUACUUCUGCCAUAGCAACAUGUGCAUCAAUAAUUCUUUAGUCUGCAAUGGCAUUCAGAACUGUGCAUACCCUUGGGAUGAGAAUCACUGCAGAGAAAAGAAAAGAACUGGAUUGUUUGAACAAAUCACCAAAACCCAUGGGACAAUCAUUGGCAUCACAACAGGGAUAGUUUUAGUUCUUCUCAUCAUUUCAAUUCUAGUGCAAGUAAAGCAACCUCGCAAAAAGGUAAUGGCUUGCAAGACUGCCUUCAAUAAAACUGGUUUCCAGGAAGUUUUUGAUCCUCCUCACUACGAACUGUUCUCACUAAGGGACAAAGAAAUUUCUGCGGAUUUGGCAGAUUUAUCAGAGGAACUUGAAAACUAUCAGAAGCUGCGCCGCCCUUCAACAGCUUCCAGAUGCAUUCACGACCACCACUGUGGCUCCCAGGCCUCCAGCAUGAAACAGAGCAGGAGCAACCUGAGCUCCAUGGACCUGCCCUUCCGCAAUGACUUUGCGCAGCCCCAGCCCAUGAAAACCUUUAACAGCACAUUCAAGAAAAGCACUUACACUUUCAAGCAAGCUCACGACUGCCCCGAGCAGGUGAUAGAAGACAGGGUGAUGGAGGAGAUUCCAUGUGAAAUUUAUGUCAGAGGAAGAGAAGAUACAGCACAAGGUUCAUUAUCUAUUGACUUUUAACUUCCUGCUGAAGGUGGUAUCAGUGUAUAUACAAAAUGCUCAUGUAUAAUGACAGUGUAUAUAUUUAAAGUGUACCAUACGCAGCGUGUGAGAUGCACACACUUUUAGCUUGUUAUACUUCAUUCCAAAAAACAAAACCAGUCUUCAUAAUUAAUUCUUGCUGAAAAAGUGGUGGAUUUCCUCCAAUCUUCCCAAGCUACCUAUCUAGUGGAGGAGUAAGACAGAGACUUUGCAUGGAAAUUAUCAGAUAGGAUGGUGGAAGAAAAAUCCCUACAACUACUAAUCGUUGAACACUGAAAGCAAUGACUACUAUUCUCUUCUUCAUACCAUUUACUCUUCUUUAGAUGUCUGCUUUUCAAGACAAUUUUAAUACCUCACUUGCAUAAAUAAAAGUAGUUAAGUGCACUAUGUGUAUGUCAACAUAGGUGUCUUAUUGUAUUUGUCAAAUUGAAAGUAGAGUUAGUGUUAAGUGCCAGUUAAGACUCACAAAUUAUGUUACAGCCAUCUGUUUCACUUGCCUUUAAUUACCAUUUCCACACUCUAGGCUUUGUGAGAAAUAAGUGAACAGGGUCGCUGCCUUUUAACAAUAUCAAGUUAUAUUAAUUUUAGUACAUGUGGAAAUAUCUUUGCAGCUUUCAGUUAAAACACAAGUGAGUAGUCAUUUUAUUCUAGAUGCAGACUUCUACAACAGUUUUCUUUCAAGAAGGUUUAGGAUUUUAAAAUAUUCUGCCAUAUAUUAUAGCUCCAUAUGGCACACUGAUUUCACAGCUCUGUACUUAGGAAACAAUUUUGUUCCUGAGUUUUCCAAGUAUUUACAUAAAUAGAUUGUACUGUACAUUUGUCUCUUAAAAUAGCUUUUUACUCCUUGGUUCAGCCAAUCUUCCCUACUGAAAUCAGCGAUGAUACUUUUAGCUCAUGUCCUACUUGCCUGAAGAGAACUGCUCUGAGGUCUGUGUGAUUACUGGGUGUAUGAAGGAACUGGAAACAAAGAAAUCACAAAGCAACUCUAAUUAACCCCUAUGGAAUCCUUCUUGUACCCCUUGUUUCCAUUUGCAAAAUUGCACAUUUCGUACCUUUUUAAAUGGUGGUUUGGACCUAAUUUAAAAAUUUUUACAAUAUAGAAGAAAAUUUUUAAAAUAUAUUCUCAUUGUGGUUUUUAAGCUUUUUAUAUAGUUUGAUACUGUACAGCCUAGUUCUUAAAUCCAAAUCUAGCACCUGGACAGCAGGCUUCUUUCAGGGUCCCUCUCAGCAGUUCUGACUAACCUGCAGUUGUUGCUGCACAAAUCACAAUUUGCCAAGAAUACUUGUCAUGACUUCCACAUUAGCCUACACUUUCUUCCCUGGGUAGUUUGAGCUUAUUUGGGUAUUCUCUUUUCAGGAAACCUUUGACUAAAGCUGGUCCCCCAACUAGCACUGGGCAUAGCCUUUAUUUACAGAUGGAUGUCAAACCAUAGUGUUUGUUGUGCUGAUUGUAGUACAAAAAAAGCCCCAAAAACACCUUAACCUAUGACCCUUGCAACUGAAAAAUCAUUUCUUUGAAAUAAAGAUGAACAACAGCUGUAAUCACAGAUUUUCACUAGAAUGAUAAAAUUAUUUUUUUUUUUAAUGCUUAAAAUGUACAACAUUUAAGGGGAAAAAAGGAAAGAGAAUUGAGUUUCUUCAGCAAUCCCCAACUUCAAAAUUAACCCUGUCUCCUGUUUAAAAAGAAUAUAAUCAGCUCUUAUCUCAGACCCAUAAGGCUGGAUGUACCUGAUGCCAGUUUUUGUGCUGGUCCCAGAAUGUAUUUCAGUUUGAAAGAAUGAAAAUGGGCUUUAUUUUUAGAUGCACUACAUGCAGAAAAUAAAUGUAAAAAAACCCUAGUUAAUUGUUACUUGAAAUUUUUGAAUAUUUAAUGCAAACAUUUGACAGAUUUUAUUUACUUAUCACUGAUCUCAGAUGAAAUAUCUCACCAUGACCUAUAGAACACACCAUGCUAUUUGUGACAGUUUAUUAGUUCCAGAUUCUUUCAACAAGUAAUAAGUAGUUUUACAUGGGUCAUUCUAAUCCAUAUAACUCUUGUAAAUGCUAGGUUUGCAUGACUGAGUUUUCUUUUUUAGGUGUAUCUAUCCAUGUGCUAAAUAUAACAUGACCCCUACUCUUCCCAAGUUAUGUUGCCUUUGAACAGUAAAGCUGUACUAAUAAAACAAAUAGGAAGCCUGCAGAGCCCAAGUGUGUGGAGAAGAGGGAAAUUGAAGAAGUUCCCAGAUGGCUUGAGUAAUAUUUCAGUCUCUGUGGUAACCUUGUGAUUACAUGGUCAGAACACAGCUGCCUUUUGGCUGCCCCAAAGCACACCAGAGCUCCCACAACCAGUCCUGGCUUUUCAGCAUAACUGGUUCCAAUAUCCCAUGGGGUGUUUGAAAACCAAUCUGCCUACACAGCCCAUGGCAGGGUGGGGUUCAGUUACUGAGCUGUGCUUUAAGAGAUGAGUCAGAACUAUAAGAGCCAUACUUGCACUUGCAGUGUAAUCAACUUCCCUUCACUGCAGAGAAAAACCAACUGGGUAAGCUGCUGGGUAUCACAGUACAGAGAGCUGACACAUCUAGCAAAAGAAUCUAGCAUUGGUUUGGCAGUCUCAAUCCUGUUGAAGCUGAUUUAGUGGUCUUUAAACUUUUUUGGGGCAUUAGUGAAAAAUGUCACAUUUCAUACUAGUGCAGUAUCUAAGUACCAUUAGGCUAUUUCCAUUGUGUCCAUCUUAAAUUCAUACAUUUCUAGGAGCAUCCUGAUUUUGCACUCCAUUGUAGCCAUAUCUGCAAUACCCUCUGCUAGCACUGAAUGCUCCUUAGCAAUGACACACUCAUUAGACACACGCUGAGCAGGACAAGACCAACAGCACUGACUACUUUUUGGGAUUUCUAACUCAUUUUUACCUUUUAUCAUAGUAGCUUAGACUAUCUGAACAAACUAUCUAACAUGAGGAAUGAAUUCUGAUGAAAAUUGUACAAGUAAACCUACACCCAACAUGAAAAUAAAAGUGACUGUGAUUCACAACUCCUGCAAGUUCUCUGAGGACACAUCUGCAUUUACAGAGAUGAUGGCAGUGGCACAGGAAACUCAGGUUUAUUGCUGUUCCUGACUCCUCAGUGAUGACAGAAAUACCAAUAUGUACUUAAAAUGCAUGGGAUUCUCUUGUCUGCUGUAGACAAGAUGACCUCACAGUAUCUACAAAUUCCAAUGGCAUAUUGCAAUAAUGACUGUCUAUUUUUACAAAACCAAUACUAAGAAGGGUUAUGAAAAGAACUGUCAGUGAUUUACAAGAAAAGGUGCUUGUCAUGUGAACACUUCACAGAAUCUUUAUGUCAUUAAAAUACUCUUUGCUUUGUUUUUCA